AUGGUCUUCAACAUGCUUACUUCUAUCUCGGCAAUCCUGCUUCUCGCUGGACACGCAACCGCUCACAUGAUCAUCAACGAGCCGGUCCCUUUUGGCAAGCCAACCACCAGCCCUCUUCAUCCCGUCAAGCCAGGAAGCCCCGAGUCGGAUUACCCCUGCCAGCACAAAGCGGGCACGCCGUGGGACAUCACUACCAUGAACAACAUGACUGUCGGGGUACCCAGCCCACUCACUUUCAGCGGAAGCGCUACUCACGCUGGAGGCACUUGUGUGCUUUCCAUCACCCUCGACAAGGAGCCCACCGCCUCAUCAGUUUUCAAGACGAUCAAAGUCUUCGAAGGUGGUUGCCCAAGCGCCCCGACGGGUAGCGGCGACCCACUGGCAUUCGAAUUCACCAUUCCCAAGGGAUUCCCCAACGGCCAGGCUACCUUUGCGUGGCUUUGGUACAACAAGCUAGGUGGAACCCGUGAGGUGUACAUGAAUUGCGCGCCAAUAACCAUUUCUGGCGGUUCAGACUCCAAGGAGGCGUUCGACAGUCUGCCCAACCAAUAUCUGAUCAACCUCCCCCCUUCGGAGUGUCAAGGUGUUGAUAGCACAGACCUUAUCAUUCCCAACCCUGGCAAAGACGUUGUGAAAGCCGCAGGCGCCAUCCUCAAAGAGGCCACUGGCCCAAGCUGUGCUGCUGCCGCGGCCGCACAGACUUCAGGACUUUCCGGUUAUCAGACCGCAUCGCCCGACAGCAACAGCCCUCCAGCUGACUCUUCUGCCUCUUCAACCGCGAGCGAAGCUCAACCAACAUCAGCACCUGCCAGCUAUGGCGGUGGUCCAUCCAGCAUGAUCACCAUCCAAACAGCUGCUCCAUCCAGCAUGAUCACCAUGCAAACGGCAGCUCCAGCGCCUUCCUCGCCGGCUGUCGUGUCUGACAGCCCAUUGAGYAUCGUCCCCAUCCCCACCAUCUCUACGGCUGCUCCAGCGUCCUCCUCGCCAGCGGGGAUUCCCGACUCGAUGGGACCACCAGCUUCCUACCCAACUCUCACACCUUCUUCUGGCGCGGGCAUUUCCGGUCCUGGCACCACAGCCGGCACCGGCGCAGCUCCUAUCGCCACUGGCUCAACUUCAUCGGGCUCGACCUGCUCCACCAACGGAGCUCUGGUCUGUAACGGCGCAUCCCAGUUCGGUCUUUGCAACAAUGGCAAUGUGGUCUGGCAGGCUGUCGCUGCGGGUACAACUUGCUCGAACGGCCAGAUCAUGAAGCGCUCGGAAUUCCGUCACGCCCAUGUCCGUCGCCACGCACAGAACGGAUGGUUCGGAUGGGUAGCAUAG